GUAGUCCAUGUCAUUUCAUAAGUGUCGUUGACGUUUAAUAUAAAAUGAAAAAUAUUUUAAAAAAGAUAUAGUGUGCAAAUAUCAUUUUUAUUAUUCAAGUGAACUUAAAUAUCAUUAUGUGGUACCAAAGAAAGCCACCAAAACUAUAGCAUCAUAUAACACAUCCUUACAAAAGUUGCGUCAUCUCGGCAAUCAAUGCAUACUAACAUGUUUCUAAAUAAUUAAAAACCAAUUAGUAUGCCUUCUCAUCAGGGUGAAGAAGAAGAUAAACCUUGUAGAGCUUGUAGUGAUUUUAAAUCGUGGAGUAAAAAAACUAAGGUUAAAAUCCAGACACCAAGUAAACCUGAACCGGCACCAUUGGAAGCGAAAGAAUGUCCUUUAGACAAGGAAGAAUUAGGCAAAUCCACAUGGGGCUUCCUACACACUAUGGCAUCCUAUUAUCCAGAAAAACCAACAAAAUCUGAAGCUGAAAAAAUGGUUCAAUUCUUUAAUAUUUUUUCCCAAUUCUAUCCAUGUGAGCCAUGUGCACUAGAUUUCCAGGAUGACAUAAAAAAAAAUCCACCAAAAACAAAAACCAGAGAAGAGUUAGCAAAAUGGUUGUGUGAUAGACACAAUACAGUCAAUAAGAAACUUGGCAAGCCAAUGUUUGACUGCAGUAAAGUACAUGAGCGGUGGAAAGAUGGCUGGCUUGAUGGCUCUUGUGAUUAAUAGAAAUAUCGCAGCUAAAAUGUCGCUUUUCCUGUGGAUCCAAUUAAGACUUUUUUUACACUCUUCUAACACUUAUUAUCUUCUGACCUUACUAUCACUAGAAAUUAUUUUGCAUUUAUUUAAAACUUUAUAAGUAUGACAUUUUAGCUGUGUUUGUAGUAUAGACAAUAUUAAACAGUUUUUAGUUGGUAUUCAUUCCUGCAAAUAUUCACAGCUGGUGUGUUAUAUACAGGAAUUGUGAUAAUAGUGUACAAUUUGUAAAAUAUAUUGACUGUUAAAUA